CCUUUGCCAUCUCCCCAAGGCACGUGCAGUGCCACGAGCCUGUCCACUUCCCUUCCCUGCCUCCCUCCCCGCAGUCCCGCCCGGCCAGAGGGACAGCAGAGGGCCUUCCGUCACAGCGGCUGGGCCAGACCCGGGUCCCGUGGCAGAGGCUCCUGCAGCCAGAGCUCGGAGGCUGCGGCGUCCUGGGCGUUGGCAUCUGGCUGGCCGCCACCCAGGGGAACUUCGCCACGCUGUCGUCUUCCUUCCCGUCCUUGUCGGCCGCCAACCUGCUCAUCAUCACCGGCACCUUCGUCAUGGCCAUCGGCUUCGUGGGCUGCGUGGGGGCUCUCAAGGAGAACAAGUGCCUGCUGCUCACCUUCUUCGUGCUGUUGCUGCUGGUGCUGCUUCUGGAGACCACCAUUGCUGUGCUCUUCUUUGCCUACACGGACAAGAUCGACAGGUAUGCCCAGCAAGACCUGAAAAAGGGCCUCCACCUGUACGGCACCCAGGGCAACGUGGGCCUCACCAACGCUUGGAGCAUCAUCCAGACGGACUUCCGCUGCUGUGGCGUCUCCAACUACACGGACUGGUUUGAAGUGUACAACGCCACGCGGGUGCCCGACUCCUGCUGCCUGGAGUUCAGCGACCGCUGUGGGCUGCACGCACCGGGCACCUGGUGGAAGGCGCCGUGCUACGAGACCGUGAAGGCCUGGCUCCAGGAGAACCUGCUGGCCGUGGGCGUCUUUGGACUGUGCACCGCCCUGGUGCAGAUUUUGGGCCUGACCUUCGCCAUGACCAUGUACUGUCAGGUGGUGAAGGCGGACACCUACUGUGCGUAGUCCACAGCCACCCGCCCCUCUCUGCCGAAGGACACUGCCACCAAGGAAAUGACUGCCUCCGGCCCGCCGUGCCUGGGCUUGGAGACCUCAGAGCCCCGUCCCAGAUCCAGUGGUUUGGCCUCAGUGACCACAGGGGAGAAAGUGGCCGGCUGCUGCCCACGGCACCUGUCAUCCAGAGCCGGGUUCCUGCGGGGUGGGGACACAGGCAGCGAGCAGUCCCCAGCGCCCGGGGUGCCUCCUGGAGGCCCUCACUGGCCAUGGUGCUCCGGCGGCCCCAACAUCCACAUUCCAGGUGCAUUUUAAUAAAGUGCACGAGCAGC